AUGGUGCAGAAGCCGUUCCCAAGCAACCGUGACAAGCGCCGCUACGACACGUUCGAGUUGCUCCACUUCGACAUCUGCGGUCCUAUGGAGGAAGCUUCACUGGGCGGAAGCCGGUAUUUGCUGCUCAUCGUGGACGAAGCCAGCGGAUGCAUGAAGGGUUUCUGCCUACGUGCCAAGUCGGACAGUGAAGAAUGCCUCAAGAGCUACAUCACCAAGGUGCAAACGCAGUUCGGCAAGCGGGUCAAGUUCGUGCGUCAUGACGGAGCCCGUGAGUUCGCGACCAACUCGCUCAAGGCGUUCUACGAAGAUCAAGGCAUCGAACAGCAGACCACGGUUCCGUACGCGCACCAGACAAACGGCACGGCAGAACGCGCCAUCCGGACCAUCGUCACGAUUGGUCGCAGCAUGCUGCACCAUGCCAAGCUGGACAAGUGUUUCUGGGGCGAAGCGGCGAUGACUGCAAUCUACGUCAAGAAUCGCCUACCGUCGCCCAAGAUCGAGAACAAGACUCCUUACGAGAUUGUGUACAAGUCCAAGCCAAGUGUGAAGCACAUGCGUUUCAACGGCGACAACUACGCGACGUGGAACCGCUACAUGCGUGGUGUGUUCCUGACCAAGUCGGUGUGGCAUGUCGUGAACCGGGAGACGACUCCAAGCUUCACGGACUCUCGCGCCAGGGACGAGUAUGUCAAGUCGAGCAACAUCGCGUUCGGUCUGAUGCUGCUCCACAUGGACGCGGACUACCACCAUGUGGUCGACAACUGCGAGGAAGCGUGGACCGCGUGGACGCGCUUGAAGACGCUGUACGGAGGAUCGCAGAAGGCUGGUCGCAUCUACUUGAAGCGACAGCUCUUCAGCAUGGAGAUGUCUGAAGGCGCGAAUGUGUUGCAUCACUGCAACGAGGUCCUCAACAUCAGCGCCAAGCUCAGCAGCAUCGGCGCCAAGAUGGAGGAUGAAGACGUGGCGAUCUGCUUGUUGCGCAGUCUCCCCAAGAGCUACGAGAACGUCGUGCUGAACUUGGAGAUGAGCAGCGCAGAGCUGAAGACGCAAGACGUUGUGAAGGUGCUCACGAACGAGCAUAUCAAGCGGCAAGGCGAGAAGACUCCGGCGGUGAAGACUGAAGACGCGGCGAAGGCGUUCAGUACCGAGAGAGAGUCUCGCCAGUGUACUUACUGCGGAAAAUUGGGGCACGUGAUCGACAAGUGCUGGACCAAGCAGAAGGAUGAGAAUCGGGGAGGCCGACGCGGCGGCAAUGGUCGUGGACGCGGGGCCAACAAUGUCCAGUGGCGAAACGACGACUACGACUACGGCUACGAUCGCGUGGCGUUUGCGGUUUCGCUGGAAUGCGGACUUUCGACGGGCAAGGAUGUGUCCGGCAUGUGGGCAGUCGACAGCGGUGCGACGCACCACAUCUGCAACAACAAGGCCAAGUUCGACACGCUGAACGAGCGAGAUGAAGGCGAACUGAAGGUGGCCGACGGCGCUAAGGUCGCCAUCAAGGGUGUCGGAACCAUCAUCGAGCGAGUGGUUCUGCCCAACGGCGACGAGCGCGAGAUCGAGAUCAACAACGUGCUUUACGUGCCGAACAUGAAGAAGAAUUUGCUAUCGAAGUACGGCAUCGACUACACGGAGACGUUCUCGCCCGUGGUCAAGUACGUGACGCUGCGCAUGAUCAUUGCUUUGGUCGUGUUCUUCGGCUGGCCUCUGGACCAACUGGACGUGGUGACAGCAUUCCUCUACGGUGUGAUGAAGGAGGUCGUGUACUGCGUGGUGCCGGAAGGUGUGGAGCUCGACGGCGACUUCGACUGCCUGGAGCUAGUGAAGGCAAUCUACGGUCUCAAGCAAGCUUCGCGUGUGUGGAACGAGACCUUCGACGAGUAUGUGUGCUCUAUCGGCUUUCAAGUUUCAGCCUACGACCCGUGCCUCUACAUCAAGAUCGUGGACGGUCACUGCGUGCUUCUACUGGUGUACGUCGAUGACGUGUUGGUGACCGGGAGUUCAGCGGAUCUGAUUGCAAGCACCAAGGGCGAGCUCAAGAAGCGUUUUGAGAUGACCGACAGCGGCAAGUGUGCGUUCGUGUUGGGCAUCGAGCUGGUGUACAACACCGACGGCAGUGUGACGAUGUGCCAACGACGCUACGUGGACGACAUUCUCAAGCGGUUCGGCAUGGAUGAGUGCAAGGCGGUAGUGAGUCCGGCGGAUUUGAGCUCUCGACUAGUUCCAAGCAGCGCGCCAACCAAGGUGAACGCUCCAUUCCGCGAGGCUGUGGGCGCCCUCAUGCACUUGAUGACCGCGACACGACCGGACAUCGCCUUCGCUGUGGGUUAUGUGUCGCGCUUCAUGGAGAACCCUCAAGUCGAGCACUGGACCGCGGUGAAGCGCAUCUUCCGCUAUCUACAAGGAACCAAGUCGCAUGGCAUCUGCUUCAAGCCUGGUGACAAGGUGGACUUCCGCGGGUACUCUGACGCAGAUUGGGCUGGCGACCACUCCGACCGCAAGUCAACUUCGGGCUACACGUUCCUGUUGAUGAGCGCCCCUGUGAGUUGGGGAAGCAAGAAGCAGUCGAGCGUGUCGCUGUCAACGAGCGAGGCGGAGUACAUUGCGCUGAGUUUGGCAAUUCAAGAAGGCAAGUGGAUUCACCGCCUACUUUGCGAGAUUCUGGCGGCAGCAGGCGAGUCGGGACCCGAGCUCAAGAUCCUCGAAGACAAUCAGUCGUGCAUCAAGAUGACCAAGAACCCCGUGAAUCAUGGACGCGCCAAGCACAUCGACAUCAAGUACCACCACAUUCGUGACGAAGUCAAGCGUGGUGAAGUCAAGCUCGAGUACUGCGAGACUUCUGUGAUGCUGGCGGACAUCAUGACGAAGACACUGCCAGGACCGCGUCACAAGGACCUCACGACGGCGCUCGGAAUCCACGCGUGUUCGCAUUGA